GGCGCCGCUGUCCCCUCGCGGUCCCCACGCCGGCCCGCGUUUCCGGCCCCGCAGACAAGCCGAGUUCCCGCCGGCCGCGGUCGCGCUGUCCCGCCAUGCCCGUCGACCUCAGCGGCACCUGGAACCUGCUCAGCAGCGACAACUUCGAGGGCUACAUGGUGGCCCUAGGUAUUGACUUUGCUACCCGCAAGGUAGCCAAGUUGCUGAAGCCACAGAAAGUGAUUGAGCAAAACGGGGAUUCCUUUAGCAUCCACACAUACAGCAGCCUGAGGAACUACCUUGUUACAUUUAAAGUCGGAGAAGAAUUUGAAGAGGAUAAUAAAGGCCUGGAUAACAGGAAAUGCAAGAGCUUGGUCACCUGGGACAAUGACAGACUCACUUGUGUCCAGAAGGGGGAGAAGAAGAACAGAGGCUGGACCCAUUGGAUUGAAGGGGACAAACUCCAUCUGGAAAUGUUCUGUGAAGGCCAAGUGUGCAAACAGACGUUCCAGAGAGCCUGAGCCGUAUCCAGCCCCAGAGCCCACAUGCAACUGCAGCUUCAUGUUGAAAUCUAUCCCCAAAUGAACAGAUGUUCGUCUGUCCUGGUCUGGCGACAGGAACCUGUGGUGGGAGAGCUGUCCCACAGCCUGUACCAGAAGCGAUUUACUCAGACUGUGGCAAAAUGGCUCCGUUUCAAUAAACCUGUCCAACGAUCCCAACUUUUUUUCCUCCUAA